AAUAUUCCAUUGUUCGCUCUAAUCUCUACCUCUUGCUGUUUGAUCUAAUUUAACGACUGUCGACGUGGGAGGAGUUCGUUGGAUGGAGCGCGUGGAGCAACGCACGAGGCUUGAUCACCCACCUCCAUCCUUCCCCACCAACCAACUCUCGGUAAGCGCGCCGCGCUUGACUUUGGGCGCGUUUUGAUCCGCGACCGCAAGCAGAGAUAAGAGCAAUGAGAUUGAUGCGGGCUUACUAUUAAAAGAAGAAGAUGACCCGGUUGCGGGAAUUCAAGUCCAAAGCUCUGCAAGCUGAGAGGGAUGUGUCUACAUCAACCACACAUACUGAGGCCCUGGAAGCCGCUAUCAGGGCAGCUGAGAACUAUAUGCAUGCCCUGAGGCUGGCUUCUGACCCAAGGGAGAAGAAGGCCCUCGAUGCCAAAUGCAAAGAAUACAUCACGCAGGCAGAACACCUCAAACAUUUAAAGGAAGGCAGCGGAGUCCAAUCCAACGCCAGUGCCAGUGCCAGAGCAGAAGUCCGACAGAGGAGAGAGCCCGUAUCAACGCGCACUCUAUCUAAUAGGGAGCAGAUCAUCCUGCUCGAAAAUUCGAAGCUCAAUGGUUUCGUCUUUCCUCCCUGGUCAGCCCAGCCUGGCCCAGAGGAGUUUGAAUUGGACGAAGAGGACGAACUCUUCACGGAUUGUUCUGAACUCGGCCUUUCGGCAUCACAGCAGCAGAUGUUCGACGGCUGGAAACGGCCUUCUGAGAUUUUUACAGAAGCCCGUAAAGAAGAUAGGGACAUACUAAUGAUGAGCAAAAAUCCCAUGGAUCUUGUGCAAGACGUGACCACAGACUGUUCCGUCGUUGCGAGUCUUUGUGCUGGAGUCUCCCAGGACGUACGAGGGUAUCCUCAGUUGGCUCAGACGAUAAAAAUGUACCCUUGUGACAAGGACACAUCCAUCCCGCAAUUAUCACCAUCUGGGAAGUACAUAUUUCGCAUGCAUUUUAAUGGCUGCUAUCGAAAGGUGGUCAUCGAUGAUCGGCUGCCGUCUUCAAAAACAUCUAGGUCUCUCUUUGUUGUCGACAGAAACAGCCCUACAGUGAUAUGGCCAGCUCUUGUCGAGAAGGCAUAUCUCAAAGUUAGAGGGGGUUAUGAUUUCCCCGGAAGUAAUUCUGGGACGGACAUGUGGAUUUUAACUGGGUGGAUCCCUGAACAAAUCUUCCUACAUCAUGAUGAAGUAACUUGUGAUCAGAUUUGGGACCGGCUAUUCAAUUCAUUCCUUGCAGCAGACGUUUUGCUGACAAUAGGUACUGGCAAAUUGACAUCACGGGAAGAAAGAGAAGUCGGGCUUAUCAGUUCACAUGAUUAUGCCAUCCUUGACAUGAGAGAAAGCAAUGGGAAGCGACAAUUCCUGAUUAAGAAUCCGUGGGCAGGUGGUGCCAAAUGGAAAGGCGUUAGUGGGGCUUCUGCUGUCUCGGCAUUGCAGGAGAUUGAAUUCGAGUUUAGCUCACCGCAGCGAUCCCCCUUGUCUCCGGGCACAUUCUGGAUGGACUGUGAUGAAGUGUUCCAGAACUUCGAGAAUUUGUAUCUCAACUGGAACCCUCGUCUUUUCAGAUAUCGACAAGAUAUUCACUUUCGGUGGGAUUUAUCAAGCGCUCCCCCAGUACCAGGAUGUUUUACAGAGAAUCCGCAAUUUGCGAUAACAAGCAAGUCAGGGGGUAAGCUUUGGCUGCUGUUGAACAAACACUUCAAGAGCGGAGAGACGUCGGACGCCGUAAACCAACUUUUGGAUCCGGAAGUUGAUGAACCCGGGUUUAUUAGUAUCUACGUGUUUAAUAAAAGGGGUCAAAGGGUGUACUUGAGUGACGGUGCUAUUCACCGUAGCCCAUAUGUUGACUCGCCAAACACACUGGUGCGCCUGGACAUGCCCCCAAACACAACCUUCACUGCUGUUGUCGCGGAGCAGUCACUCCAUCGCUCAAUACAGAGCUUCUCGCUAUCUGGAUUCUCUACAGGUCCUUUAAGUGUUUGUCCGGCUACUGAAAAGUAUGCGCAUGUUAGAAAAGUUCAAGCAGCAUGGACAUUAUCCACGGCAGGAGGGAAUGCCGAAUCUGAAAGAUACCCCUUGAAUCCCCAGUUCAAGCUGAAAGUUUCCGAAAAGUGUGAUGUUGCCGUUUUACUGGAGACGGACAACGGCGACUUAGCCACUCACGUAAAAAUAUUCUGGUCUAAGGGCGAAAGGGUCGCCGAGGUUCGCUUGCGAGAUAUCGUGUGUGAUAGCGGUGACUACCGUCGCGGCUUCGCAUUGGCUGAAGCGGACGCUAUGACCAAGGGGACAUACACCAUCGUGUGCUCAACAUUCGCACCCGAUCAGCUGGGAAAAUUCACACUGCGGGUAUCAUCGACUCAUCCAUGUGAAGUGACACCGUUACCAAGAGAAGGCGCAGGGCGGUUGCUCAUGAGUUCUGGUCUUGGAGUCCUCUCUCCCGGGAUCGACAGAAUUCUAGCCCCUAUAACCGUAUCCCGUCUUUCCCGGUUAAAGCUUGUGGCGAGACGUAAGGGAUCGUGGAUUGGACAUCGGACCGUGGCCCCGUCUCCGAUUCUCAUGACACUAGAACUAGGACAGGGACCGUACAAGGAAAUCCUUGCCGCUUCGGGUGAUGGGGAUUUCAGCGAUUUAGUUACUGGGGCUCGAAUCGAAAGUGUCGAUUUGCAGCCGGAGCUGGGACUGAGGGGUGGUGUUUGGCUGGUUGUAGAGCGCGUUGGUGGGCCGGGCGGGCAGGUAGAAGAUCACAUUGAAGUGGAGAUCCUUUCUGAGGAGCGAGUUGAAAUUGGCCGUUGGGGUGUGGGAGAUGGUUGACCAGCUAGUCAAUCUAGCAGUAUCUACGAAUGCCUACUCACUACGGAGUACUCCAUAGUUUUAGUGAGACUUGAUAUUCCUGUACAGAUGGCGGCUCAAACUUUCCACACGGCCUGAACGCAUACAUACAUGUACUGAUAGAAGAAUUUGUAGUUAGCCGGUUUGACUGUUGUACC